AGUCCAGGCAUAAUUGAUUUUAUGAUUGAAGCAAGAGUGACUAAUUUCUAUUUAUAACUGUGCUGACUCUGCAUGUUAUCAUCAGGGGCAGCGGUGCAGAUUCUGGGAAUCGGCGGGAUCUUUCAGCCAAUCAGGGGGCCGUCUUUCCCCGGCCUAUUUACCCACGCGGAUGAAUCUCGCGCGAACCCGCCAUUCCAGGAACUUGCUUCAGAUUAGCAAGACAACUUCUGUGAUUUUUCGCUAAUUUCUGGAAUCGUUUCACUCGGUAUGGCGGCGCAACCGCAAGGCACCAGAGCCAAGGGCAAGAAACGGGCGGCCCCUAUGCCUGCAACAGGAAACCAGGCGCCCAGGCCUGCUAGGAGGAGAAGAAACAUACCAGCAGCCGCUGGCUCCAGCGAUGCCCUCGCCAUGUCAUCUGGUAGCCAAGACGGCCCCUCGUUGGCGGACAAUGCUAGCAGUACCCAAAGCGUACCAUCAGUAGCGGACAUGUUUGCUGAAAUGAAAACCAUGAUGUCAACCAUGGUUACCCUUAUAGCAGGACAGCAUAACGUCCGCAAUGACGGCCCAAACGUCGGCGUUGGAGGGGGCAUUAAUGCAGUGGCGCAACCCCACGGGAGUGUUGUUACGAUGCAGCCAGGUCAUGGACUCAGCUCAACUAUCCAUCCGUACAACCCAAUACAGUCGUCACAUUCGGUACAGCCGGCUUCCAAUUUGGGCGACCCCACAGCAGCCAGCCCGUCGAUGAAUCUACAUGUGCAACAACCUGGAAACAUGGAACAUUGUAACGCUACUGCAAUUCACCUUAACGGGCCCCUUCUGGGGCAGGUAACAGGUACAGCUGUGGCUAAUGCAGUUUACCCCGUAGGCUCGCCGUCGUAUUCUGCCAGAGACCGAAAUGGGUCUAUGAUAUCGGCUGCUAGGCCUCUCUAUUAUGGUGUGCCCGACAAGGUAAAGGAGAGGGUUUGGGCGGGGAAGUAUGUGGAUUUCCACGACUUCCAAACCCCAUCAUACGACAAGCCUCAGAGGCCCAGGUCCACCAUUAUAUCAACAGAUGGCGACGGGGAGCCUAUUACUCUAUCUAUUGGAAGGGAGAGGAAGGAUAGGCCUCUGUCCAUCUUCCAGUGGUUGUCAUGUUUUGACAUAUUCGCGUCGGUACACUGUAUGAAGACGCCGGGAGAUGCACAGAGGCUUAUGCGCUACUCCGCCCUUAUUAAAGAAAUUUGCGACGACGGAGGGGAUUGGCGUUUUUACGAUGAAAGUUUUAGGCGAUGGCGGGAGGAGGAACCCCUAGAGUGGUCCGAAAUUGCCCAUGUACUUUUGUACAAGGCACAUUCUCGGGGACGGCCGGAGUAUAAAGAUUCUGACAGGAAGGGAUCUUCCGUCAAAAAGUCACAUGCUCAGUCCUUUCGUCCCGGCCAGUCCUCUGCCUCCUUCCCCAGAGGGUCAUGCUGGCGCUUCCAGAAACACGGGAAGUGUGUCAAAGGCGACAAAUGCGCCUUCCCCCACACUUGCACCAAGUGCCAGGGUUCUCACCCCAGCUUCCAGUGUAGACACACCCCCACUUUCAAAAAGGACAGCGCCAAGCCUUCAGAUUCCAAACAACAGUCCCAAAAAUAAUCACCUACCCUCCUUGAAAACGCCUCUCCCCUCCCCAGUCAAAGGUGAGAUCCUGUGCUCCUAUCUUAACGGCUAUGACCCUGUUAAGACUAAUUAUCUUAAGAACGGUUUCUCUGUUGGUUUUAGGUUAAAUUACCAGGGUAGUCCUGGCUCAUUAGUUUGUGAUAAUUUGACCUCCUCAAAAAUUCAUCAUGAUAUUGUAUCCUCCAAAAUUCAAAAAGAGCUAGCGGCAGGGAGAAUAGCUGGUCCUUUCACUAACCCUCCUUUUCCCAAUUUUCAUGUUUCCCCUUUAGGGGUAGUCCCUAAAAAGACUCCGGGGGAGUUCAGGAUGAUUCACCAUCUCUCAUUUCCUGAAGGAUCUUCCGUCAAUGAUGGCAUCCCCUUUGAAUCCAAACAUGUAAAUUAUGCCUCUAUUUGGGAGGCCAUUAACAAAAUUAAAUCACUUACAAAUCCAGUUUUCCUUGCAAAAACCGACAUCAAGUCGGCUUUUCGUAUCAUACCUAUUCACCCUUCCGAUUAUCACUUGCUCGGUUUUACCUGGGAGGGCAAAUAUUAUUAUGACAAGGUGUUGCCCAUGGGGUGUGGCAGCAGUUGCUCCAUCUUUGAAGCCCUGAGUACUGCUGUUCAAUGGAUAGCAGUAAACAAACUAGGUAUUUCUGCUAUGGUACAUAUUUUAGAUGACUUUUUACUCAUUAUUCAUGGACGAGUUCGAUGUGCUCAGAAGUUAGAUCUGUUCAAAAAGUUAUGUAUGGUAGUGGGCAUUCCACUUGUUCUUAACAAAACUUUCGGCCCAGAGCAGGUCAUGCCGUUUGUGGGCAUCGAACUCGAUACAAUUAUUUUUCAAGCCCGCCUCCCCGCUGACAAGUUGGCAAAAUGUCGGUCCCAAAUCUCAUUUCUUCUCAACAGGUCGUCGGUUACCCUGCGGGAAUUACAGUCGGUCAUUGGGCUUCUCAACUUUGCCUGCUCCGUCGUCCUGCCUGGUCGCGCCUUCCUCCGGCGCCUUAUCGACCUCACCAUCGGGUUUUCCCGCCCAUUUCAUCAUAUCCGCUUGAAUUCUGAAGCGAAAGCCGACUUGUCUGUUUGGAACGCAUUUCUUGCUAAUUUCAACGGUGUUUCCUUUUUUCAUGGUGAUAUCUGGGUUUCUAGCACUAAGCUCAAACUACAUACCGACUCUGCUGGGAGUCUGGGUUUUGGGGCGAUUUUUGGCUCCCACUGGUUAUUUGGAGCUUGGCCCUCACGGUGGAAAUCAUUUCACAUCACCUUUCUAGAAUUCUACCCUAUUGUAGCCGCUCUGUUUGUAUGGGGCCACCUUUGGAAGAACCAAUGCAUUGUGUUUCUCUCGGAUAACCAAGCCGUUGUCCACAUUAUCAAUAAGCAAUCGUCCAAGGAUAAACGGGUUAUGUGUUUGGUUCGUAAGCUUGUUUUGCGUUGUUUACAACUUAAUAUCCGCUUCAGGGCCGAGCACGUCCCUGGGAAGCUUAACACCUUACCGGAUAUGAUUUCCCGGUUUCAGGUCAAUGCGGCACGCCAGUUGGCCCCAUGGUUGGACCAAGACCCGUCACUGCUUCCGGAAGAUAUAUCCCCCAGGGGGUUGCUGAUUCCUUGAACGUGUUGGUAGGAGGGGUGCUGAGCGAGUCAGCAAAGCAAAGUUACAAUAGAGCCUGGACAAUAUAUCUAAAUUUUUGUACAUACGUGUUACACUGUGAUUGUUCUUUGCCAUUAUCGGUCUCUGAUUGUACCUUGUUUGUAGCUUAUCUGUAUUCUAAGAAUUAUGCGCCAGCAACUAUAGCGAGCUACCUGUCGGCCGUCUGCUUCACUAUGAAGUGGCAUGGGUAUCCAGACCCUUCUUCAUCCUUUCUAGUCAAGAAACUGCUGGGCGCUGCCCAGAAUUUGAAGGGGAGUUCCGACAUUCGUCUCCCUAUAACAAAACCUAUUCUGGUCAGGUUGCUCGCUGCAGUUCCUCGGGUAUUCCCCCUUAGGUACCAACAACUUUUAGUGCGCGCCAUGUUUUCUACCGCUUUCCAUGCAUGCCUUAGGAUCGGGGAAAUGGUACCUAAAACCUGUAACCCGUUAUAUAGUUCCACUUGUAUUCAGCUGGGCGAUGUCACCGUUGCACGGGGCUAGGCCACCAUUUCCGUUUUGAGGUUCAAGUCCAGCAGGACUCAAGGACCGCAGUUUAUACACCUCGCUUCAGGUUCAGCACCCUGCCCUAUUGCAGCAUUAACAGAUUAUUUGUCACUUAGGGGGACUACUCCAGGGCCUCUCUUUUUGGCUCCGUCCGGUGCACCCCUCCUCAGGAGGGACUUUGACCG